GUAAAAAUAAAUAUAAACAAAAAUAAUUUUUCUGAGUUGAAAUUAUUAGAAUAAGUUAGAUAACAGAGUAUCUAUCACAUUUUAAUUGAAUUCAUAGUAUUGCUGAUGACUUCAAGAACAAGUUCAUUGUGUUGUCAAUACUCUAGAAAGAUAUUACAACUCUAAAUUGAAGAAUGGAAUAGCAGUCGGAUAUUCCCGUAAAGUCUCCAUUUAAAUAUGAUGGAAGUCGACCAGCAACUCAGAGCAUUACUUCAGGGGGAAUUGAUAGAGGACAGCCCACUUUUUGUUGACUUCCCAAUAGAAAAUGCAGAAUCCUUCAAGCCUAUCACCAAGAGGACAGUUUGUUACAUUGUGGUUGGUCUGGUGUUUGAUGAGAAGGGCCGCGUAUUGCUAAUGCAGGAAGCCAAGCAGUCCUGUUAUGGAAAGUGGUAUCUCCCAGCUGGUAGGAUGGAACUCAAUGAAACUAUUGAAGAGGCUGUCUAUAGAGAAGUGUUGGAGGAGACAGGACUCAAGAUCAGCACAACAACCCUCCUUUGUGUAGAGGCUGGUAGUAGCUCCUGGUUUAGAUUCACUUUGGCUGGUAAAGUAACAGGAGGCAGUUUGAAAGAGACUCCUGAUCAAGAAUCCCUUAGUGCUAAAUGGUGUACACUUGAGGAAAUCAACUUUGGAACAGCUGCUGGGCUUACUUUAAGGGCCAAUGAUAUAAAACCACUGAUAGACCUAGGACUAGAGUUCUUCAAGGCAGACAGGCAGGACAGACACACAGAUAUUCUACCCAUAUGUGUACCUCACAAGUUCCUCUUCAUCAGACUUGUUAUACUCUAUUGUGAUAAAAGCAGAGGAGACAUAUUGGUGAUUACCCGACAAGGAGAUAACUCACAUUUCCCAAUAGGUCAUAUAUCACAUAAAGACAAGUCAAUGCUAGGUAUAUUGGGACAUACAAAAUACUUAAAACAAGUGACUGUAUUGACCAUUGAACAUCGUGGAAAACCCAUUGCGGAAAAUGAUGGGUUUUGCAUGACAUUACUUGUUACUAUGGAGACAGAAAAUAAAGACAGCCAUGGAAAAACAAAGGAGGAAAUCCCAACAGGAACCAUUCCUGAGAUUUUAAAUGACGAUUACAUCUGGCACAAAAUUGUAGAUGAUAAAAUAAGGAAGAGAUUUGACAAUAAAUUGAAACUUGAAAGGCCAAUAAGCAUUCCAAUGAUAUUUCUUUAGUGCAUAAUAUUGAAUACAGGGUGUCAGAUAAA